AUGAGUCACGUCCUCGGCCUGGAGUUGAGGAGGGAAGCGCCGCCUCUCCUCGGGCCCCUUCUCUCCUCCUUUCCCCUCCCCGCGGGUUCCUGGCCUGCCUAGCCAGAUACUGCGCAGCAAUCACGGUUCUCCAUCACCAGUUUGCCUGGGCUCCAGUGCCUUCUCGGGGCUCCCCGCAAGGCCGUAGGCGAGAUGAACAUUCUGGCGCCGGUGCGGAGGGACCGCGUCCUGGCGGAGCUGCCCCAGUGCCUGAGGAAGGAGGCCGCUUUGCACGUGCACAGAGACUUCAACCCCCGCGUCACCUGCGCCUGCCAGGAGCACCGGACAGGCACCGUGGGAUUUAAGAUCUCCAAAGUCAUUGUGGUGGGGGACCUGUCCGUAGGGAAGACUUGUCUCAUUAAUAGGUUCUGCAAAGAUACUUUUGAUAAGAAUUACAAGGCCACCAUUGGAGUGGACUUUGAGAUGGAACGAUUUGAGGUGUUGGGCGUCCCCUUCAGUCUGCAGCUCUGGGAUACUGCUGGACAGGAGAGGUUCAAAUGCAUUGCAUCAACCUAUUACCGAGGGGCUCAAGCCAUCAUCAUCGUCUUCAACCUGAAUGAUGUGGCCUCCCUGGAACAUACCAAGCAGUGGCUAGCUGAUGCACUCAAGGAGAACGACCCUUCCAGUGUGCUUCUCUUCCUCGUGGGUUCCAAGAAGGACUUGAGUACUCCUGCUCAGUAUAUGCUAAUGGAGAAAGACGCACUCAAGGUGGCCCAAGAGAUGAAGGCUGAGUACUGGGCGGUCUCAUCUCUCACUGGUGAAAAUGUCCGGGAAUUCUUCUUCCGUGUGGCGGCACUGACCUUUGAGGCCAACGUGCUGGCUGAGCUGGAGAAAUCGGGGGCCCGGCGCAUUGGGGACGUUGUCCGCAUCAAUAGUGAUGACAGCAACCUUUACCUAACUGCCAACAAGAAGAAGCCCACGUGCUGCCCGUGA